GCUCUCAGUUGUUGCUCCAAAGGCGCAAAGUGCAGUCCAUCCGAGAAUUUAGUUCUGAAAAUGGCAACGAUCGGCAAAAUCGGUUUCCUCGGCGGCGGCAACAUGGCAAAGGCGCUGGCCAAGGGUUUUCUCUCUGCAGGUCUGGCCAAGCCCAGCGGCAUGAUUGCCAGUGUCCAUCCCGCGGAUAAGAUUUCCCUGCAGGGCUUCGAGUCGCUGGGCGUGGAAACUGUCGUGCAGAAUGCGCCCGUGGUGGAGCAAGCGGAGGUUGUCUUUGUCUCGGUCAAGCCGCAGGUGGUGCCCGCUGUGCUGCAGGAAAUAAAGUCCCUCAGCGCCGGCAAGCUCUUCCUGUCCGUUGCCAUGGGCAUCACGCUGCAGACCAUCGAGUCCAGCCUCUCCCCACAGUCUCGUGUCAUCCGCGUCAUGCCCAACAUUCCGGCUGUCGUGCGCUCCGGCUGCUCCGUGUACGUGCGCGGCAGUCAGGCCAGCGAUGCCGAUGCACAGCUCACGCAGCGUCUCCUCGAAUCGGUGGGCACCUGCGAGCCCGUGGCCGAGUCCCAGCUGGACACGGUCACCGCGCUGAGUGGCAGCGGUCCCGCUUAUGUGUUCGUGAUGAUCGAAGCGCUGGCCGACGGCGCCGUGCACAUGGGCAUGCCGCGAGAUCUGGCCUAUCGUUUGGCCGCGCAGACAGUCCUGGGCGCGGGGCACAUGGUGCGGGAUAGCGGCAUGCAUCCCGGGCAGCUGAAGGACAGCGUCACCAGCCCCGGGGGCUCAACGGCAGCGGCGCUCAGACAGCUCGAGCUAUCGGGCUUCCGCGCAGCCGUUGCGGGCGCCGUGGAGCAGGCGACGCUGCGCUGCAGACAGAUCUCCGGACAGCAGACGUAGAUUUGAUUUGUUUUCGUUUAUAUAUUAUUUAUAGGCUAAUAUAAAAUUUCGCAUUGAUUCUGUACAACAACAA